GUUUGUUUACAAUGUAACUGUCAAUUCGUAAUUUAAAAGUUUUAGGUUACCGACACGAUAAGCUAAAAAUCAAAAUAAAGUUAAGUAAAAAUAAGAUAUCUGGAAAUAUUUCACUAUAUUCUUUUCUACCAAAUAUGGAUAAUGAUCUAAACAGAUCAAUUCGUUUAUUAGAGAAUGCUCUAUCUUCGACCAAUAAAGGAUUGUUCAAAAAAUCUUUCAUUCAAAGGCAUUUAGGUGCUGAUGAGAAUAUUUCCAGAACAUCAAUUCCUGCUGUGGAUACUGAUCUAAGGAAUGUAAUAAAUAAACAUUUUUCUUUCAACGAAAAUGUAGUGUCCAGUUUAAUUCAAACCGAUCAAACUGUAACUGGAAAUGUUCUCCAAGCUAGUCAAACUCCUUGGAAAACAACGUUUGACAGUCUUUACACUGAAUUUUUUGAAAUAUUGUCAACGCAUGCAGGUGGUUAUGAUAUACUAGAUAUAGUAACUGAAUUAGCCCGGUGUUGUUCAGAUGCUCUCAAAAUUAUUCAAAGCUUGAAAUCAAAAGUUGCCGUAUCUCAGUUAGAAGAAGAAAUUAGUUUAGAAAAAGAACGAAAUACUUGGAGGUUGAUAUUUAUCCUUUACCAAGACAGAUUGCUCACUCAAAAUUUAAUGAAAGAUGAUUGUGAACCUAUUCAAUAUUUUGGCCAAUCUGAAAAAUUAUGUGUCCAAAAUUUAUUUAAACGAGAUAAUUUAAUUAGGGAGAGUCAACUUAUAAUUGAUUGGCUGGAAUCUUGUGCAGCUGAUCGGGAUGAUGAAACUUUAGUCUUUUCUGAUAGCACUGUUGGAUGGGAAAAUACUUUACAUCAACUAAAAAGUGCUGACACGAUAGCCUUCAGCAGUACUAGACAAAUUGUAACGCAACUAGAUCCCGAUGCUCCAAAUUACCAGAAAAAAUCUUUACAUGAUUUAGAUGCAGAAGAUGAAAAGAGACUGAUUGAAAAAAUUUUCAUGGAGAUCAGGUGUGGAAAAUUAGAAGAGGCUCAAAAGCUAUGCAGACAAUGUGGACAUGCUUGGAAAGCAGCACUGUAUGAAGGUUGGAGGUUAUUCCAUGAUCCAAACAAUAAAGAAGAUUAUGAACAUGAUAUAAAUAUGGAUAAUCAAGAUGAUGAAAUGGAUUCUAAUGAAAUGAAAGAUAUAGAAGGGAAUUGCAAUAGAGACAUAUGGAAAAAUAUGGCAAUUAAAUUUUGUAAACAGGAUUAUCUUAGUUUAUAUGAAAGAGCAGCAAUUGCAACAUUUUGUGGAUAUCUGAGUUCAAUAUUAACAGUUUGUAACACUUGGGAGGAUUGUUUGUGGGCUCAUAUGAAAACUAUGGUGGAUAUCAGAGUAGAGUCUGAGAUUAGAGAUUGUGUCCAACGGAACAAUGAUUACUUAGCUUUACCUGAUGAAUAUUGGAAUCAAAGGAUGUCCUUGAAUGAAAUUUUCUCAAACCUUGAAUCCUCGAAAAAUGCCAGAGUUCGUGAAGAAUCCCGAAAACCAGAACACAUAAUUCAAAAGUAUAUAAUUCUGGAUGAAAUACCAACGCUGUUAUUGAAAUUUGAGGAAUGGAUUGAAGAACAACAUAACAUACCAACGUAUUUUUUGAGGUUCCUUGCACAUCUAGUGUUAUUUUUUGACCAAAUUGGGCAAGGUCAUCAUCGAGAAAUUAUUGAGAAAGUUUUGGAAGCCUACAUCAAGAGAUUAAUGAUUCUGAAUGAAACCCAGUUGGUUGCCUUUUAUGUCAGUAAACUUAAUCCUACAAAUCAAGUGUUACUGUACUCAAAAUAUUUGGAGAAAAUAAUAGCUCAAGAAGAUCGGAAAGAUGCGUUAAUGUUUGCUGAAGAUAGUGGCUUAGAUGUACAUGCAAUUACUAAACAAGUUGUCGAAAAUAUAAGAAAUAUACCACACGCCACUGAAGAAGGUGGAAAUCUUCAGCACAAGAUCGCGGAAGUUGACAAAUAUAAAAUAUCCAGCUUAGAUUGGAUACUUUAUGAUGAAUAUCAACGGGCCGAAGCCAUUGUCCAGACGAAUGCAUUGAUAUUUACUUUCCUAACAUUGGGAAAGUUGGAUGCUGCUCAACUUGCAUUUAAUAAAGUUCCACCAAAUAGCGUUGAAAAAAUAAUUGCUGAAGGUGUAGUUAAUGACAAGGUGAAUCAAACAAUUAAAGAAUAUCUAUGCUACAAAGCUUAUCUUGAUGCUCAAGAAGCAUUCAGUGAAUGGUUUAAACACUGUAAAAGUCAACCUAUGCCCCCGGAUAGUUUACCUGAAAAUGUCCCAUUUCCAGAAAAAGUAGCUCACCAGCAUAGGGAGUCUCAAUACAAAGCAGAACUUGGAAGGUGGAAAUUGACAUUUGCUCAUUAUGUCAAAAAUGCCAAAGCUAAACUUUACAAUGUUAUCCUUUUUCCGGAUGGAUGGAUUGUAGGUGCAGAAGAAGAGGAUUUUCUAAGAUCUACUUGUAUACCUGAAAUAGUUUUAUUGUUAUAUGCAGUGUUAUAUGAAUCUGGUCAACAUGAAGAAUGUUUACAAUUAGCUGAUAUAAUAGCAUCUGAAAAAUAUGGAAUUUAUAAGGUGUACUCCAAGGAGAAGCUCGGCGAGAUUUUAGUCAAACUUUGUGAAAGUUCUGUCGCUUUAUUAAAUGCAAAGAAGGAUCCUUGGGGCAAUGAAACAAGCGCUUGAGAGAAUGUUCGCGAUGGUUACGAGGUUUGCUUAGUUUUUCAUCCACUGGGAUUUUUUACUUGUUAAUUAACUAAUUUGGCAUUAAAGUUUUUUAUACGAAA